AUGGCAGCCAUCUCUAACACUACGACGUUCACUCUGAACAAUGGCGUCAAAAUCCCCGGCCUGGGCUUCGGAACCUUUGCCAACGAGGGAGCCAAGGGGGAGACGUACAAGGCCGUAACGUGCGCCCUUAAAGUAGGCUACCGACAUCUUGACUGCGCCUGGUUCUACCUCAACGAGUCCGAGGUUGGCGACGCCGUCCGCGACUUCCUCAAGGAGAACCCCUCGGUCAAGCGAGAGGACAUCUUCAUCACCACCAAGGUCUGGAACCACCUCCACGAACCCGAGGAGGUCAAGUGGUCGAUGGAAAACUCACUCAAGAACUUCGGCCUGGACUACUUUGAUCUGUUCCUGGUGCACUGGCCCAUUGCGGUCGAGAAGGACGGCAACGAAAAGCCCAAGAUCGGAGCGGAUGGCAAGUACAUCGUCAAGAGGGAUCUUACCGAGAACCCGGAGCCCACGUGGCGCGCCAUGGAAGAUCUCCUGGCGGCGGGCAAGACGCGCGCGAUCGGCGUGUCCAACUGGACGAUUGCCGGCCUAGAAAAGAUGCUGGCAUUCGCCAAGGUCAAGCCGGCCGUCAACCAGAUCGAGGUCCACCCCUUCCUGCCCAACGUCGAGCUGGUCAAGUACUGCCAGGAGAAGGGUAUUCUGCCCCAGGCGUACUCGCCCCUGGGAUCCCAGGACCAAGUCCCCAACACCGGCGAGAAGGUGAGGACAAACAAGACGCUCAACGAGGUUGCCGACCGCAGCGGCCACAGCCUCGCGCAGGUCCUUCUCAGCUGGGGAUUGCGACGUGGGUACGUGGUGCUGCCCAAGAGCUCCACGCCCUCACGCAUCGAGAGCAACUUCCAGGUGCCGCAUAUAUCGGAUGCCGACUUUGCGGAUGUUGAGAAGGUUGCCGAGGGUCGACACACGCGCUUCGUCAACAUGAAGGACACGUUCGGCUACGACGUUUGGCCUGAAGAGUCCAACUAG